UCGUACUUCAUUCUCAAUGUUGUUGAUCGCGUUAUAACCUCAAUUCUGUAUCUAUGGGCGUGGGAAUUUCCGAAAUAUGAACUUAUAAAUCCAUAAAAAUGUAUUUUCACGGUUUGAAAUUGUUAAUUGGUAAAUCCUGAGUGAUAAAAUUUAAACACUUCCGGAAUAAAUUCAAAAUAGACGUAUGUAAAGAUUAAAUAUUGCCUGACAAUUUAAAUUUAGCGCUAAACUUCUAAGGCAUGAAGUUCGCAUUGCGAAAUACGAAUACUGGCCGAUUGAUGUGAAAGAUAUUCCGAAGGCCGUGAACAUUGCGGAAAUCGAGAUGUGUGUGUGGUCAAAAAGACAGUGCAAGGUAGGGGUCGGGUGGCGUUUGUGAUGGCAAAAAUUUUGCAAAUGCACGGUCACUGACACUAGCAGCAAUGGACCAGCAAUUCUGCUUGCGCUGGAACAACCACCCAAACAACCUGACUGAUGUGCUCGCCAGCCUGCUGCAGAGGGAAGCCCUCUGCGAUGUCACACUUGCCUGCGAUGGAGAAACAGUUAAGGCACAUCAGACGAUACUCUCUGCGUGCUCGCCGUAUUUUGAGACUAUAUUCCUACAGAACACACAUCCACAUCCGAUAAUAUUUCUCAAAGAUGUGCGGUAUUCAGAGAUGAAGUCAUUACUGGACUUCAUGUAUAAGGGAGAAGUAAACGUAGGGCAAAAUAUGCUACCGAUGUUCCUAAAAACAGCUGAAAGCUUACAAGUCAGAGGUCUGACAGAAAACAAUACAUUAAAUCCUAAGAGCGAAGGGCGAUCGACGCCACUAGUGAGCGCAGAGAACCUGUCGUCGCGCGGCGAGUUCGCGACGCCGCCCGCGGCGCACGCGCCCGCGCCCGUCACGCCGCUACCGCCCGCGCCGCCGCUCGCCGCGCACGCGCCGCCCGAGAAACGACGCCGGAAGAACUCCAACAUAAACAGAGACGAAGUCGACCUGUCCUAUAGGCAUUAUGAGAGCCACCUGAAGGGGUCGAAAGGCGGGUCGACGGGGUCGGGGUCAGAGCCGUCGACGCCGCCGCCGGCGCACACGCCGGCGCGCGCGCUGCGCUCGCCCGCGCCCGCGCCCGCGCCGCUCAUCAAGCAGGAGCCCGACUCGCCCUACCCGCACCCGCGCGACAUGCCGCCACCACACUACGACCAGACACAUCUGCCGGGAAUGGGUGUCCCGCCAGAAAUGGCAGCCAUGCUAUCGCAGCAGCACCCGCUCAACAACGAGGCCGGCGACGGCGAGCCGCUGCUGCCGCCGCACCCCGACCAGACCGACACCAUCGACGGCUCGAAGGGCUGGCACAUGCGGCUGACGUUCGAGCGCGUGGCGGGCGCGCUCAACCUGCACCGCUGCAAGCUGUGCGGCAAGGUGGUGACGCACAUCCGCAACCACUACCACGUGCACUUCCCGGGCCGCUUCGAGUGCCCGCUGUGCCGCGCCACGUACACGCGCUCGGACAACCUGCGCACGCACUGCAAGUUCAAGCACCCGGCGUACAACCCGGACACGCGCAAGUUCGAGCCGCCGGCCGCGCCGCUGCCGCCGGGGCUGCCGGCGCCGCAGCCGCCGCUGUUCGCCAACCACCUGGACGCGGGCUUCGACUGAUUGUCCAUGUACUGGCUCGGCCUCGACGCUCUGUGAGCGCGAGCCCGCCGCCAGUCCAGACUUUACCGUUGUUGAUGUGUCAAAAUUUUUAACGGACCGUCUCGAGUCGAAACUAUUUCCUAUUUAGGAUUAAGCUGAAGUGCUAUUACUUAAGCGGGCCUUAAUGUUGAGUUCUUAUUGUAGCUCGUUCGUGGCGAGCGAUUCGUUUAGUAUUGUCUCGGUUGUGCAUUUGACUUGCCCCAGUGUGACCUUACGCGUUCCGCGUGAGGAGCGUACCUAUCGGUCUAUAUAACUGAGAGUGGAUCACUCGAAGUGUAGGUAUAUAAGUAGGUAAGCUAAUAUUUCUAUACCAAUUGCUAUACGGGAACGGGCAAAAGCAAUAAUAAUAUGAUGUUAAUUUUAUUACCAUAUUAUUUUUUAUAUUGUAUCGAUAGGAAUCUUAAGCUAUUAUAUCGGGUAGCGGUGCGACCGCGAGUGAUGCUGGCCGUGAGCCGUAACGGGCCCCCUCGGGCCGCUCUUCUUGUUAUAUUUAUUCGUUAGAAGGGCUCUCAGCCCCGUAGCUAAUUGUAUUUGUGUUAUACAUCCUACGCGCGGAGUGAACUACAACUAAACGGGAUGCGAGGACUGGCAAGAGAUUGUGAUCCGUCGUUGGUCAACGACAUAUAAAUAAUGACUGAAUCUCAGUGUAGAUGCAUUUGUAACUCUAUGAGGCCUUUGCAAGAUGGAUAUUAUUAAGGAUUUGUGAUGUAUUAACGGAUAGCGCCUAAGGAAACAUACGAAAAGAUUUUUAUACUAGACUAUAGUUGAUCUAUUUACGGAGAUUGUUUUUUAUACUUAGAUAUAUCGUAUUGUCUGAUUUAAUAUACUUUUAUAUUUACAUUUAUAUACCAUAUAUAUAUAUAAUAUUAUUUUGAUUUAUUGGUGUUGUUUGUUUUUAUUGAUUGACCAUGUAACAAGAUGGAUUUCGUUUAAGUAUAUUGACUUGACGGACGUACGUUAGAGACGUAGUGUAAUAAAUUGAUGAUGUUAACGUAUUGAUUAUUUUAUCGUCGGUAGGAGUUACAGUUUAGUUGAUGUAACGGGCGGGCCGCGGCCCGCUCACGUGUGAUCGCCUGAUCGGUGCUUGGGGUCAAAGACCUCUUUCAAUUACUUUAAGAUAGGAACGUUUCGAGGUUGCGCAUUUAGUAACUAAUAUUGGCAUUCUACGAUUGGGACUAACCUAGCAUGUAUGUAUGUAUUUUCAAUUAAGAUUUAAGAUUGUUACAUUUUUAGCUAAACACUUAGAGUGGUACGGUAACUGAAAUGUGAUAAAAAGGAAUGGUGCUAGAACCAAGAGUGUUAACACGCUACGAUUCGACUCCUAUUAUAGAACCUAUGAUUAACGUUUUAAUGAUUAGUUAUUUUGCAUUAAUUAACGUAACGUAAGGCAUCUAGCAUCCGGUAGAGGUCGCAUCCGUCAGCAGACGGGCAGGGCGCGCGCGCCGGCCCUAGAGAUUACAGUAUCACUCGUCAUUUUCACCUUAGUUUUCAGAUAUCUUAAAAGGCCAUAGUCUGUUUUCCAUAGUAAGUUGGCCCUUAAGUCAAUUUGAUUCGGGUUUUUUUUGUGAGUACCUCUUAUGGUGAAGGAUAUUUUUGCUGAGUAUCAACAUCCUACUGGUGACAGUUUUUGACUUAUGAUUUUAUUUUAUUUUUUCUUUAAUGUAUUGUUUUUCGGGAUGUAUUCAAGCGAUUUGCUUCAAUUUUUUAAAUAGUGUUCUUUAUUUAGGUAUGCAUCGAUACUCAAAAAACGAAUACCAGUUGUAAUAUAAAAAAAGGAAAAAAAAAGUAAAACAAAAAUAAAACAUUUUUUUUAUGUCGUGGUGAAGUAGUGACACCUCUAAUUUUUUUUUCUAGUUGUAGGCCUGACAUUGGCCUACUACUUGCCUAAAUAUCAAAAUUUUCCAAACGGUACUUCCUGUCAAAAAUUAGCAAUGUGUGUGGUCAAGUUCUGUUCUCAAUCGGUGUUUUUCAAUGUAGCAUACAAACUCUUCGAUUCUGUUUGCGAUUUCUUAUCAGGUUGUCGUAGUUAAGAGUAAAAUGCCAAUGACAACUUAAUGUUUGUAUACUAUAUUGAAAAACACCGAUGGAGUACAGAACUUGACCACACACAUUGCUAAUUUUUGACAGGAAGUACCGUUUGGGAAAUUUUUAUAUUUAGGCAAGUAGUAGGCCAAUGUCUGGCCUUGAACUAGAAAAAAAAUUAGAGGUGUCACUACUUCACCACAACAUAAAAUGUUUUAUUUUUGUUUUAUUUAUUUUUUCUUUUUUUUAUAUGACAACUGGUAUUCGUUUUUUGAGUAUCGAUGCAUACCUAAAUAAAGAACACUAUUUAAAAAACUAAAGCAAAUCGCUUGAAUACAUCCCGAAAAACAAUACAUUAAAGAAUAAAUAAUAAAAUCAUAAGUCAAAAACUCUCACUAGUAGGAUGUUGAUACUCAGCAAAAAUAUCCUUCACCAUAAGAGGUACUCACAAAAAAAAACCCGAAUCAAAUUGACUUAAGGGCCAACUUACUAUGGAAAACCGAUUAUAUUAAUAUAAAAUUAGAAUGAUAAGACACCGGUUUUAAAAAUUCUGAUUAUAAUGUCAUCAAAAUUUCAAACGGUGUAUGUAAUAUCCGCAUCCAAAUGAAAUCCGUGAUCGUAUCCCAUAACUAUGAGGUGGCGACGCUGUUAAGUAGCUGUGAACAUGCAAUUUCACUUGUGCAAUUUUUUAAAAUAGUCAUAAAUCAUAGCUAGAUAUACAAUUGUCUAUUGAAUAUAAGGGGCCCACUUGAAUUAUAAGUACUAAGCUCCCCAUCUUCCAUGAUGACAUUACUCAUAGUAAGUUACUCACCAAAUAUUUCUUCCUCAAAGAUUUAUUUCUCAUUUUAAGAGUUUGUUGUUUAAAGUUUAUUAUAUUUUACCUCUGAUUAUAUUUUAUACCGUGGGCGCUUAUUAUUUGAUAGCAUUUCAUACUCAGUGCAAUAUUACUAGUUAUUUAAUUACGUAACCAAACUAAAGGAUAUUUUAAAAUGUAAUUAAUGUCUUCGAAAGAGAGUUACUACCUAUUUGUAUAUUUACAUAAGUGAACUCCUAAUUUCUAUUUCUACCUGACGAAACAGUUUGGGUUACGGUGAUGUACAGGUUUUAUAGCUGGUAAUAUUAAGAAUUAGCUUGUUUACCUCUGCCAAUCGUAAUAGUUACGUACUGUUAAUAAUUUAUUCGCGCAAGUUAGUGUAUUGUUGGUUGGUUGAACAGAUCAUAGCUAUCCGGCGGGGUCCAUCGCGUCCAUGCGUGUCUGAUCUCCCUUUGCAUUCGCUGCAAUAGGUACUCGCGAAUGCCUUUUAUAUAAUUACUAUCGAGACCAAUUUUAUAAACGACCUUGCUGUAGCAAACGGUCGAGUGGUAACGUAGAUAUUUUAGAUGAAUUAGGUUAGGAUACUAUGAUAGUGUCUGGCCCGAACAUUUCGGAGUAUCACAUCGUUUGGCUCAGAAAAUAUCUACCUUUGAUCUCUUUUCAGCUUUCAGAAAGUGUGCAACUUAAAUACUACUUAUGGAGACCACGUAAUCGGACUUAAUGAAAGCUAAAUUAUGCCAUAUGGAAUUUAUACAUAAGGUUAACGAAUUACUAAAAUUAGUCUUAUGAAAAUGAAGGUCUUGUGGACCUAGUCACUUAUUUGGCCAAUUGAAUAUUCCAAUUUAUUGUAUAUUAAAAUUAAAAUUUACACAUUAUUAUCACAAGGAUGUGAUCUUAUCAUUUAAAAUUCAAUGGAGUGCAGGAUGAGCUAUACGGUUAUUGUCAGGAUAGCAAUGGUCUAGUUAUGUUUAUUUUGUUCUUUAUAACAUUAGCAAAUUUGUUAUAGUGUCGUAUAUCACAAUAGUGUAAUUCGAAUAGGCCGGGGGCGUCAAAUCGUAUCCUAACAGCUGAUUCGUCAGACUUGUUAUAUUUUUACAUGAGAUUUUAUGAACGAUUUGUUGUUUAUGAAUAUUUUGUUUGAUGUCUUGGUUUGAUGCCUCCAUUUACAGUUUAAUUUAAAUUAUUUUGUUUUAUGCAAGCAGUUAAUGCAAAUUAUUAUUUUUCACAUUGUUUGAUGUUAUGUAAUGCAAUUUUAACAUGUUGCAAACUCCUGCAUUUAUCUGUUGUAUUUAUUACUAAUUUUUACAUUAAAUUGUGGUAUGUUACAA